UUACAGUUGUGUUCUCCAUAACUUAAGAAGCUAUACUGUUUUUUCUGGAUAUAAUUUCAAGAGAUUAGCUCAAAAACUUGUGCGAUUCCGAUUUGCGUUUUUUUAAAAAAUGUUUUGCAGUUUGUGGGUGCGUGACGUGUGAAAAUGAAAUGGAGUGUCACUGUUUAUGGGAUUUGCGUAGCCACUGGCUUGGGAUAAAGACUUAUACUUUACCGAUAGUGAAUUUGUGCUUAUUUUUUGGUCAUGAAUACAUCAUCUUCUGCAGAAGAAACAAUUCGAUUUAGUUUGAAGGGUUAGAGAGGAGAGGAGAAGAAUGAAGAUUCACUGGAGAAGGACGAAUAGCUAAUUAGGUAAACCUGGCGCGUGGAAAAUCGGGCCAAAGUCCUGGAUCAUCCUCAUGCUCGUCAUCGUCUACGGAGAGGCUGCAAAGGAUGCCAGGACCAACGCCCGAGAGACCUCGUGCCCAUAGGCUCACAGACAUCGAACCACAGGGCAAGAUGUUGGGGUGUAGUCGAACGGACGAUUUUAGUACACCAGUCAGUUCCGGAGGCAACAUGGGUAGCAUCGCCAGAUUUCCAAAGUUGGAUGAGUGUGCCCACUUUCAUUACGAACAUGUGGAGCUUGGAUUAUUGGAGGUUUCACUCAGCGAAGGGUCGAAUGAUUCAGAUAGUUAUGAAGUUAGAGUGACUUCUGGAGAUGCUUGCUGGACUUUGCAACGAUCGUAUGAGAAUUUUGUUAUGUUCGAUAAACAGUUACAUCGUUGCAUAUUCGACAGAAAAUUUUCAUCCCUACCUAAGCUUCCGGACAAUCGGCCUAAAAACAGCUGCGAUAUUUUGACGGAGUAUCUGAUUCGCUUCUCACAACUGAGUCACGAGGGCCUAAACUGUGGGCCUGUUUUGAAUUGGCUCCAACUGGACAAUAGGGGAAGGAGAAUUCUCGUUCCGGAAUCUGAUUCAUGUCCGAUUAACACACCGGCUGUUGCUGCUGCCUAUGCGGUUAGACCCUACACUGCUCAAGCCCAAGAUGAGAUUUCUUUUCAGGUGGGAGAUAUGAUUUCGGUGAUAGACAUGCCGCCUCCAGGGGAAAGUACAUGGUGGCGUGGAAAGCACGGUUUUGCCGUGGGUUUCUUUCCCGCAGAUUGUGUCGCUGUCAUCGGCGAUAAAGUUCCUCGUCACUUGACCGUCUCAACGACCGUCCGUUCCAAGUUACCGGUGAAGCCAGUCCUUAGAAAGCAUGGAAAACUCAUAGCCUUUUUCAGGUCCUUCAUUCUCAACCGACCCUCCAGAAGAAGAUUGAAACAGUCCGGUAUUUUGAAAGAACGAGUUUUUGGUUGUGAUUUAGGAGAGCAUCUUUUAAAUUCUGGCCACGAAGUGCCAGCUGUUCUGACUUGCUGUGCUGAGUUUAUCGAGACUCAUGGAUUAGUCGACGGGAUUUAUCGCUUGAGUGGCGUGACAUCGAAUAUCCAAAGACUGCGACAUGCAUUUGAUGAAGAUCGCGUUCCUGCUUUGCAUUCCGAUGAAAGUAUCCUGCAGGAUAUUCAUUCUGUAGCGUCCUUAUUGAAAAUGUACUUCAGAGAGUUGCCAAAUCCACUUUGUACCUAUCAGCUUUACUCCACCUUUGUCAGUGCGGUUCAAGCUGGUAGCGAUUCUGAAAGACUGAGAAGAAUGAGAGAUACAGUCAGAAAGUUACCGCCUCCUCAUUACAGGACACUGGAGUUCCUCAUGCGGCACUUGGUGAGGGUAGCGGCUCGGGGAAGUGAAACAGGAAUGACACCAAGAAAUGUAGCGAUUGUCUGGGCUCCGAAUCUCCUCCGAUGCAAGGAACUUGAAGUCGGCGGAGUGGCAGCACUACAGGGAGUUGGAGUUCAAGCUGUCGUGACAGAAUUCCUGAUAUGUUACGCGGAGCUGAUAUUCGGAGAGGGUCCGGUAGGCCGGCCUAAGUCCUUAGCAAUCACGACCUCGGCUCGUUUGCUGAGUCUCGAAGAAGCCAGAAACAGGAAUCUGCGCUGUGAGGCAGAUUACAUAGAAGUUGGUGCUGGUCCUGCUGGUUUGCCAAUCCAUUACCACACGGUUAUCGAUUUGCCACCAAGGAAGCGAAACGGUUCGAAGCGAUCACCAUCCUUGAAUUGGAGGGCCUUAUUUGCGAGGAGCGGCUCCGGCGCGAAAGAAAAAUCGAGACCAGUCGGUGGCACACCGCCUCAAACUGAAACUCUGCCCAGCUCUGUGAAUUCUCUUCGUCGCUUGAGGCCCGUUAAGAGCGCCGAUAGUUUGGAUGGAGAGGACAUUCUUGGGCCUCUUUUGGGACCUCCUCCUUCGAGACCCUGCGGUCACAGUAGAUCUGUCUCACACGAUUCCUACUUUGAUCACUUGGCAGAUGCACCCAAUACAACUUCGCCUUUGGAUCUUUCGGAAAUUCAACUCAAUUUUGACCUGGAGGAGAGGGAGAUGCGAAUGUUCUCGGAAGAGGAGAGUACCGGAAUCACUUCGGUGGAAGCCUCGCCCAGAAGGCAGAGGAGUGAUGGACCUCAGUCGGUUACUGCCAAUGGAGGAUCAAAGAGGAAACGAUCGAGACUGGAGGAAAGGCUGCAUUGCGAUGUUGAACUCCGGUUUAUUGAUAGUCAAAGUCCAGACCAGGUAAUGGUAUCAGCAGAUAUCCACGGAAUGGAAACGCCCUCGCCCCUGACAACUCCUGGUUACUUGCCUCUUUUAUCAGAAGAUUCAACUCCUCUGACCCCUGCUACUUUGCAAGGGACUUCUCUGUCCAUCUCGCCUCUGCCAACCAAUAGCCCUAGGAUAAGUUUUCGAAGUUUUACUUUGCCCUUAGAUCUCGAUAGCGAGCAGACCAGCUCCGAGAAACUGAAUAGAAACAGCGCGUCUUCCGAUAAGGUAUCCGACACUAGUCACAGACUGUCUAUCAACGUAGACAGUCAAACUAAUGUUAAGCACAACGAGAGUAUGCAAACUUACGACAGACUUCUAGAAACCUACGAUGCCAAGUCUCCCGAGUCUUCCGCGACUCAGCAAAUGUUGCACGAAUCAAACAGUAUCGUUUCAGAGUUUUUUGAUCAAGAAAUGACACCUUGCGAUAGGUUAGUGUCCUCUAGCGAUCCCUCAGACACCAGCGAGUCCGCUUCGCCAUCAAGAGAUCCAUUAUCCGACAGACUGAGCUCUUGUCUUGCCGAAGGAAGCAAGAUUUUCGACUCGAGGAAUGCCUCCGAGCAGAAGGCAAAUACUGCAAAUACUGGAGACAAGAGUUCUUUAAAUGAAGAUGCACUGGUCGGCGCUUCAAACGCUCAGGCCCAGGAUCUGGCAGGUCUGCCUUUGUCAAGCCUCACGGAUUUAGACUCGCCAAUGUCCUGCGAACAGACUUUUGAAGAUCUGCCUGAUUCCGGUCUGAUUUGCGACAGUUCGGAUAAAAUGUUUACAACCACAGAUACUCAACCUCUGGCUUCUAAUGCCAAUGAUUCUGGUGAGUGGGUCAUGGUUGAACGCACCACUGGUUCGAUCACCGCGCCAACCAGUGAAGCAAGCAGUUCCAAAGAUCCUCUCGAAGGAACCAUGAAUCCCGCUAUCGCCACAGAAGCUCCGCAACUUCGAUCGACUUCGGAAAAUAUUUCGAGAACUUCCUUAGAUUUGACGAUGGGGUCAAAUGUAGACACUGACUUAUCCUGCAUUGGCACGAGUGAUUUGACCGCGAGUCCGAUUCUGACUCAGGAAUCAAACGAGAUGUGUGACGAAAUCAAAGCCUCGAGUUCUAUUCAUCAGCAAGAGCAGAGUGAUGCGGGCAGAAUUGCUUCUUCAUUUUUGACCUGCUCUCCACUGAGAUUAAAAGUUCAAAAGUUCGAAAUGGACCAGAGCGGAAAGCAAGGAUCCUAUAAAAUGGACCAAGAAGUGUAUAAGAUGGACCAAGAAGCUUGUAAGAUGGAGCAGGAAGCUUGUAAGAUAGAUCAAAGAAACGAGAAGAGAUUCAAUCAAAAACCCAAAGUCGAAGAAAAGUUUGCAUUUAAAAACCAGAAACGAUCUUCAAUCCAAGAGAACUUUCCCCAGGUACCGGAACGCCAUAAACCUCCGCUUCAAUCGGACGGCGAGAGAAGGAAAGUCGCCCAACUCCAGGAGGCUUUCGAGAAAAAUAUAGAAAGGUGCCAUAGCUUUGGACACAGUCCGCAAAAGCAGCGUAGUCAUAAUCAGUACCAGUACCGCGUGAAGCAUCCAGAAAAACGAAAUCAGGUUCAAAAUACUCAAAUCCACAAUAAUGAGGUGAUGAUACCCUCGGAAAAUGCAGCUGAGCCUUACGAGCUCGUUCAUGCACCAGAGGGAGCUUCAGAAAAUGUUUCCUUAAAUUCCUCGUGCACGUUCUCGAACACUUCGUCGCCAGUAGACGACUCUAUUGUCUUGAGAGACACGGCAGCUAUUCUCCAGGAACUUGCCUUGCAGAGAUUGUCUGGAGGCGUUGGAGGCGAACUGCAAGUUACCCCCAGGAGGCGCUACGAUUCGGAAGUGACGAAAGAUCGAAGGAGUUUCGAUUCGGAAAUUGGAAGGGAGAUUGUGAGAGAGAGAAAAAUGCGGCAAGAGUUGGACAAUGCUAGGGGAAAGUCUGAAGAACUUUCGCCUGGAGUUCAACAUUUGCCACCUUGUUUGCGAGCUCGUCAUGCGAGAGCUACCCGAGCUGCUCUCAGUCGUUCUCUAGAUGAAGGAAAGUUCAAUGAAAUGACUAGCGAGACUUCACUCUCGAAAAAGCAAACGUAUGAUGAUUCUCAGCACAGCUCUACCCCAAAUGUAGGAACUGAAUCGAUGCUUUCGACCAGCAAUCCUGACAGGAUGUAUGCUAGAAAUCUGGGUGGAUUGGACCUUGGUGAUCCGCGGUGCCGGGAGAGGAUAGAAAAGUACAAAGAGGAGAGGAGAAUGUUCUUGAGGGACAAGUACAGAUCGGAAAGUUUUCGGGCGUCCAAAGCUGAGGAUGAGGGAGAGCAAGCGUUACUGGCUAGGUUAAAGCAACGAGCUUCCCGACCCUCUCUUCAUUGACCAAGUGAUAUUAACAAGCUUCGUGCUCUCUUUUGCUUUAGGAAUCUAUAUUCUACGUACGAUUUUUGUUGUGUCGUUGUUAAUGUUGCGAAGCCUAAGCUUAAUCUUACGCUUCUUGCCCUGAUAGCGGAAGAGUCUUUUGAUUUCAGGGUUGCUUCAAAUUUUGACAGUUUUCAAAUUUAUAAUGUUUUUAAUUCAAAUCUUAGGUAUUUCCCAGAUUGUCGAGUGUUCUUAAAGAGGUUUUUGCAGUUGAAAACUUUGCACGUUUGAAAUUUGCAUGUUUUCAUCUUAAAAUUUGUCGAAAAAAGUUUUCGAAAUGCUAAGGCUUUUAACUGAUGAAUCUUUUUAAUUGAAGAACUUUCAACAUUGGAUAUUUGAGUUCUAGAUCUCUUUUAAGUUUAGAGGAUUAUGAAAUUCUACACAAAAAAAUUGCAUGAUAGAAUAAUGAAUAUUUUAAGUUUUUCAUAAUUUGUAACAACCCUGAUUAUUAUCUUGAUUUUGAAAUUUAAUUUUGUAUCAAAAUUCUGCGAGAUUCGUUUGAUUGUGUAGAGAAAUUAAGAGUGUCCUGUUGUUGUUGGCUGCGAUUAAACUUUUUUUUUUUAAAUUAAGAUGUUUAAAAUUGAGCAAUUGAAAUGUGUCUACAUUUUUGCAAUAUAAUUUGAUAAAAAAAUGUGUAUGAAAAAGCUCUGCUUAUGUUAAAUUGAAAAUUUCGCUUUUAUACAAUAAAAGCGAUGAAUGUGCUCGAAAGCAGAGCAAUAGAGAUAUUUUCGCAUGUUCUCAGCUAAUCUGAUGAUUUCGAUUUUAGUUAAGCAUAAAGAAAAAUUAGAGACGUAUUUACAAAUCUCAAGUAUCAAAAGACAAAAGUUAAAUUUAUUAUAGUUUGUUAAA